AUGCCUUAUGCUCCAGACAACAGUCCUCCGCCGCCUCCACCAACCUACAAGUCAGAAAUCCACGAAUCUCACCCCAAUCCACCCCUGAUGAAUCACAAUCAAUUGACAACGCUUCCCUCCGUAAGUCCUGUUCCCGUGUCAUCGCAACCGUCUCUUAGUCCAAUUACUUCGCUCAAUGGUGGAAACAACGGUAAUGACUAUCACAUGUCGCAUCAUAUGCAACACCAUCAGAGUAACACUCCUAGUGCUACGUACCAUCACUCUCCUCCUCUCGAGCAUGCUCAACAACCAAACCAAGAUGUAUCAAGCUAUAGUAGCAGUGUUACUUCUGUGAGCAUGCCAUCUCCACCGGCCAGCAUCCCUUCUAGUUCCUCUAACUUGCGAUACGAGGUGGUCCUCGAGGCACCUACUGCGGCAGCCCAACGUAUCGACGAGACACCAAUGACCUAUCUUAACAAAGGCCAAUAUUAUGGAAUAAUCUUACAGGAUCAAGAGAGAUUUGACGGAGAAUUGACAAGCAUUGUCAAAGUUAUGUUCCACGACGAUGCUCACCGCAAGAUGGCAUCAACCUACUGGAGCUUUUGGUUAACACAGCAAGCAUCUCCCAAGACCGCUCGAGCUAUUGACAUUGAUAAGGCCGCGUCAACUGGAAUUAAUAGUGUGGAAACGAAGACCUUUGAUCGCGUGCAAUUUCGAUGGCAUGGAAAGAAAGGAGCCAAGAUCUUUAUUCGUUUCAAUUGCCUUUCAACCGACUUUUCAAGGAUAAAGGGCGUGAAGGGCAUUCCUCUGAGAAUCCAUGUCGAAACCAAAUAUGAAAAUGGCACGACAAGUACCAAUGUCGAGAAAUCAUUUGCAAAGGUCAAAUUGUUCAGAGACAAGGGAGCUGAGCGUAAAAACAAAGAUGAUCAAAAACAUUUGGAAAAGAUGGUUGAGAAGAUGAGAGGUAAAUCACAAGAACCCACGUCACCCAUGAUCAUGAUGUAUGCCCCACCCAACCCUGUGACCAUAUUUACUGAAAUCACGGGUAAUAACGACGCCUCCGAUGACGAGGAAGUUCAGAGCCUUUCCGAGACCUUAAAUAACCUCGAUCCAGAGGUGGAAGGUGGAGAUUUAAUGACACUCCAAUUAGGCAAGCGUAGGAGAUUUUCGAUGGGUCCCGAGUUUUUGGAACCUCUCGAUUGCGAUCCGACGUACAUCCCUCAUUUACGGAAGCGUCGUUCAGUUCUAUGCAUCUACGUCAAGUUACCAGGUGAAUCCGCGUAUCGUGCCGUUUACCUUAACCACCUUACCGUCCAAGAUCUCAUAUCCAAGCUUACCGAUAAGCUCUCCGAAAAAAUUGAUCUACAGGGACAAACCAUCAACAACAUCAUGAGAUACACCAAAAAGGGUAUAAGCGUUCGUUUUGACGACGAAUCCGUUCAUCAAAUUGACGAUGAACAGGAUAUGGAGGUCGAAGUUCAUGGUGGACAAGACGGAACGUUGAGUUUGACAUUGAAAUACUAA